UUCUAACGGUCUGCAAACAGGUAUGCACAGUAACGCGCGUUUCGUUCGGCGGUGAAUACACGCCAAAAUUGACAAGCUGAUUACAAUUUAUUUAUUCUGUGGCGCAAAAUGAUCUGUUGUGUUUUAGUUGUAAUUAUUGUGGGAUCGUAAACUAUUAAGGAAUGGAAAUUUGCAUAAAGUGGACCAUGUGCCGUACGUGCACUGCCGAUAGCAGUUCCCAACUGCAACCACUCUUCAAUGAUAGCAAUUUAGCGAAGCAACUGGAGGAAUACGCUGGAAUUGUGGCGAAACCGGACGACGGUUUACCAGACCAAAUAUGUAUGGAUUGUACUGAAGCUCUGCAAUCGGUUCAUACAUUUCUAACAGGCUGCAGACGGUCUGACGCGCAUCUAAGAAGUGUUGUACGUCGCACCAUGUCUUCGGGUAGAUGCUUUCCAAGUAACUUAAUGGAUCGGAGUGAAGAUAGCUGCAGUCUGGCGAAAGUUGAAGAACAAGCUACACGUACGCGCAAGCAAAACAUUUCUGAGCGAAAUCUACAGCAGACAAAAAGGCUUAAAUCUGAAACUGUGAAAAAUCUAUUGACCGAACAAGAAACCUCCAGUUCACAUUACAUAGGAACACACGAACUAAGUGACGUUGAGUCAACUAGCACUAUGGGAAAUGGAAAUAAAAUGCUUAAACAGUUAAAAUGUGAAAGCCCAACUGAAGUUAACAAAUCGUUAGCUGCCUCUGGGAAAAAUGAUGGGGAUUAUUUACUUGUCGUAAGUAAAUGUGUUCUUAAUUUAACUGAUGCAGAGGCAGAGACAGAUACCGAAGGCAAUGAAUAUAUCAUAACUGAUGUGGGUGAUAAUGAUAAUAAUGAUGAAUACGAUAACGAUUAUUCAGAGCAAGUUAACUAUGCUGUUGUUGGAGCGGCAGCUAAGGAGUCGACCUCACAAUUUUCAAAUCAAACUGAAGACGUUCAGCCAAAGUCUGAGGAAAAACCUACGCUAAAGUUGAAACAAUUACAAAUGGAAGAGCCACAUUCAGCUGCAGCUUCUCUUACUGUUGUCGACUUAGGUGCGGCAUGUGAGCCAUCUAAUUUCCCCAGGCACUGCUGUGCCAUGUGCGGAAAUUCGUUUCCAAAUCAAACGCAGCUUAAGUCGCAUCUGCGCACUCACCGCAAUGAAAAGAAUUACGAGUGCGAGCUGUGCUCCAAGCGCUUUAACGCCGCCUGCAAUCUAACAACCCAUAUGCGCACCCACACGGGCGAAAAGCCCUAUGAAUGCACCCACUGCAGUAGACGUUUCGCGGAUCGCAGCACUCAUCGAAAGCACGAAAGAAUGCAUACAAAUGAACGACCUUAUGCCUGUGACAUAUGUGCCAAAACCUUCUCGUUAUCGACCACAUUAAAAGCGCACUUCCUCUCUCAUUCGAAGGAAAAGCCACAUAAAUGCCUGACCUGCAACAAGGGAUUUCGUCUGCCACAUCAGCUAAAGGCACAUGAACGGACGCAUAUUCAUCGCUAUGAAGUAGGCAUAACGUUGUACAAUCAGGAUGAUGGCGACUAUUCCAGCAGCUAAUUGUUGUUUGAAUUCCAAUUUUCAUUGAUUAAUACAUAAAUUGCUCCUAUGGUAGCUUUUCUGUUAGCUUUUGACAAAUCAUUGAAUUGAAUAUUCUAUAAAAAAAAUCAACAUAUAUCAAAAGAAUUUCAAGCAA